AAAUUAAAAUGUUCAAUAAUUAAAUGUAACAACCAAACCCAUAAUAUGGGCCUAUGACAACUUAGUUUCCUUAAAAUUAAAAUAGAAAUCCUUAAUAGCCUUCUUUAGCCCCAAAUUAGAAAUAAAUCUACCCAUAGAUGAUCCCUCCUUAAUAACCUUAAACCGUUCCUUAAAUGCCAAAUAACAUUCCUCCUCAACCUAUGAAUUAAUCUCAGUAAUAAAUUAGGCCUAAUGUCAUUUCAAAUAGAAUCAUACCACAACAAGAACCUCUUAGAUCAAUUAGAAAUUAGGUGUAACCAUUUUAAUAGUCCCCAUAAUAAUUUAUUAAUAAUGAUAUCCCAUAGUCGAUUAGAAACUAAAAUACUUAAUCCCCUUAAGGUCCAGCAUCGCAAAAAAGCAAUGUCAACCUUUCUGGAUAAAAACCUGCAUUUGUUGAGUAUUUCCCACCAGUCUAUGUUCCUCAUAUUGAGCCAAUGAUUACAUAAACAGUGGUUGACAAUCCCAUUAAAGUGGUGGACUUAAACAAAUUUGAAGAAAUGUGGCAGAAGCGAAUGCAAGGAAUCGAAGAAUUAUUAGCAGCAAAACAAUAACCUGUAGAACCUGAACCAUUAGAAUUAAGGGCAGUGUAAAAUGAUGAUAGUGAAAGAGUGAUAGAGCUAGAAAAUGAGCUGUUUAGAACAAAAUCAUAAUUAGACGAUCGUGAUAAAGAAAUCAUGGAUCUGAAAUCUUAGCUGUAAUCUGCAAUUGAACAAUUGGAUUUCGAAAAUUGUAAUUACAUAAUCUAUAAAUUUAGAAUAAAGUAAGAACUAAGCUUCAAAGUUAAUAUCUGA